AUGGACCAAUUCUGCGAUUUUGCUUCCUUUGUACGCAAAGUCGACCACUACGGGAUGAAGUCCGGGGUGAUCAAGGUUAUCCCGCCCAAGGAAUGGACCGAUGCACUUCCACCCCUCGAAGAAGCUAUCAAAACCAUCCGUGUCAAAAACCCAAUCAUGCAAGAAUUCCACGGCUCGCAUGGCACAUUCACCCAGGCCAAUAUCGAAAAACAACGCUCAUAUAACCUGCCGCAAUGGAAAGCGCUGUGCGAGGAGAGUAGUCAUCAACCCCCCGCCCGACGCGGCGAGCGGAGACGGAACCAGGAAAAGGUGACCCGUGGUGGUGCGCACAAGCAACAAUCUAGAUCUAAUUCGCAGAGGCGGAAACCGGGGCCGAAACCUAAGCGCGUAGAAAUAGAUUCCGCAGAGACCCAUGUGGAUAAAGUCAAAGCCGGGAAAGCCCUCCCAACCCCCGUCUCUCCGGAAUCCAAACCCAUGGAAACCAAAACAGAGGUACUUAGUGAUAGAGAGGUCUUACCGCCUCCUAAACCUAAAGGAAGACAGCCCAAAUCCGUCUCUGCCAGGAGAAAAUAUAACCGUGGCGACGCUGCGGAUUACAUUGAUGAGGAAGCAUUCAAAGAUUUCGACUACCGUCUUUCUGGCACCGAGCAAUUCACCUCUGAACGAUGUGAGGAGCUGGAAACCGCCUAUUGGAAAUCACUCAUGUAUAACAACCCCAUGUACGGCGCGGAUAUGCCUGGGUCUCUCUUCGACGAUAGCGUAACUUCAUGGAAUGUUGCCAAAUUGCCAAAUCUACUAGAUAUUCUUGGACAGAAGGUUCCCGGUGUCAACACUGCCUAUCUGUAUCUGGGAAUGUGGAAGGCAACCUUCGCCUGGCACCUCGAGGAUGUCGAUUUGUAUAGCAUCAAUUAUAUACACUUUGGCGCACCGAAACAGUGGUAUAGCAUUUCCCAAGAGGAUUUGGGAAAGUUUGAAGCUGCAAUGAAGAGUAUCUGGCCAACGGAUGCGAAGAACUGUGACCAGUUCCUCCGUCAUAAAACCUACUUGAUUUCCCCUGCUCUUCUAAAGUCACAAUUUGGCAUCAAUGUGAACAAAUUGGUCCACUUCGAGGGCGACUGGCUGGACUAUGCUCGCGUCGCGAAGAAAUGUAACUGUGAGGCUGAUAGCGUUUGGAUUGAUAUCAGUGAAAUCGAACGCAAGCUUCGUGGCGAAUCCACACCCGAGUAUUAUGAUGAGGACAUUGAGAUGGGUUCUGAUGACGAGGAUAUGACUAUGGACGGUGCCUCGGACCUCCUUACCCCGCCGCGCAGCGUGCCGGAAAAGCUUGGGGUGACGCGAGGCAGGAAAAGAAAAUGCGACAGUCACGAGUCAAGUUCGAAGGGUAAACGGGCUAAGAUGCAUGGGGAGGAUGGCCCCAAGAAGAUCCGUUGCGUCCUCUGUCCUAAUAGCAUGGACUAUGAAGAACUCCUAGCAACAGAAGAUGGCAAGUCUCACGCCCACCGCCGCUGCGCCACCUACAUAGAGGAAACAACCAUUCUCAAAGACGAAUCCGGCACAGAAGUAGUCUGCGACAUCGACAAGGUCCCCAAGGCCCGUCUGGGUCUCAAAUGCCUCUACUGCCGCGAGAUCAACGGCGCCUGCUUCCAGUGCAUGCACGGCAAAUGCACGCGCGCCUACCACCCCACCUGCGCUCUGCUAGCCGGGGUUCAGGUGGAAAUUGGCUCUGUGGCUGUCAUAGCUGAUGAUGGGUUUGAGUAUUCGGUGCCCGGGGUGGAUUUGAAGUGCAAGUAUCAUCGUCCGAAGAAGUAUGCGUAUAUGCAGGGGGAGACGCUGGAUUUGGAUCCGAAAUUUACGGCUGUUGCGAAGGGGCUGAGGGAGGGGGAGCUCGUGCAGUUUCAGGUGGAUAGGGAGAUAAUUGGGUGCGUUGUGCUUGAGAAUCGGGUGGGUGAGAGGGUGUUGUUGGUUAAGGUUUUGCCGAGGGGGGAUGUAAUCGAAUUACCCUAUCGAUUUUUGUUGAUUGUGCGAAAAUCAUCAUUCCCACCACUUCCCCCGGGAAUUAAACCGCUACCUUCCCACCUCGCGCGAAAACCAGAUUCGAAGAAGGAUUUGGCUUCUUCCCUCCCAUCCCCGGGUACCCCAUUUGGCGAUGCGCGCUUCAUCUAUCAAUGGGGCGAGUUUGUUCUUUUUAACCUUCCAUUCAACUCUUCCACAACCCACGUCGAUCUCUCGAAACCGGAGCAGAUGUGGUAUUACCUGGGCAAAUCAUCAACGGAGUGUCGUGCACAGUAUACCGAUAACCCCGAUAAACCGUUGCAUAAUCCUCGCUCGCAAUUUUUGGAGAGUGUCAAGUCGCUGAAUGCUCCUGUCGUGACGGCAGUGCUUCAGCUUCAUGGUCCGUCAUACGCACGCAAUCAUCCCUCUAGGCCAUUCUCCAGGCCAUUCUCCAGGCAUCCAGUAGCCGCCCCGCCGUACCCCAUAGUGACAUCGUCUGUUUCUGUUCCCAUUACCGCUUCCGUUUCGCAACCCGCACAACAGCAAACAACAGCCAAACCACAACUUGUAAAAUCGCCUACAGUCACGUCCCAUCAACCAAUUCCACCACCACAAAAUACAUCACAUCCAUCCCCAUCCCAGCUAGGCAGCCCGCAAGUCCUGUCUGAGAAGCAACGGCCACCAGAGCCACAGAAUAAUAAUACCAAUAAUGCUAAUAAUAGCAAUCAUAAACUCCCGGUAUGGGCCAGUGACAUCACGUUGCAGUUUGCGAUGGCCCGACGUCUGGUGGCGUCUAUUACUGACCACGCCAAUCUUCGCGCGGGAUAUACAAUUGUCAAUUCUGACUUUGUCGUCCAGACGCUGCUAGGCCAGGCGGGCUCAGUCCUACCGACGAACGGGAUGGAGAAGUUGAAGACGGCUAUGGCGGAGUCAAUGGUUAGGCCUAAGAGCGAUAACAGCCACAGCAACAGCAGCGAUAAUCACAAUAAUAAUUCGUCGUCGUCGCCGCCGCCGCCACCACCACUACAGCCAUUGAAUAUGAAGGCGGAUGAAGUAGACCACCUGCUCCGAAUGCUCCGGUUUGCACUUAUGAAUCUCACGACGAAAGUAACAGGCGCAGCGGGGAUGGUUGAAAAAAAAUCCCCGAAGAAAAGCACCCCGCAGGCUCCUGCUAAGGAAGAACUAUCCGGUGACGACGGUGAUGUUAGUGGCCUGCUGAUACGUCCAAAACUGGAAGGUAAGUAUACCUACUUGGAUGUGCAACGUCGCCAGUCAGCGUCGGUGUACCAGUCGCCGUAUGCGCCGGGUUUUGGGUUUUCGGAAUAUGCUAAAAAGGCGUAUCGGUUAGUUGGUGGUGGUGAUGAUAAUGAUGAAAUGGCUCAACAGCAGGGGAGUCAGUCAUUGUCGCUACGGUAUUUUGAGUCGCUUUCGCGGACGGAUAAGGAUAAGGUUAUUGAGGCAUGUGGGGUGGAGGUUACGCGGCCCCGUUUACGGACCAGGAACGGGAAGCCGGUUGUGGAUGAAGAAGAGACACUUGAUAACGCAGUCCUGGAUGGGGAUGGCAGCCACGGCCACGGCCACGGUCAUAGACAUAGUUCUGUGUCCAGAUUUGGCCAAUCGGCAUCCUCCCUGAACGGUCCAGCGUCGUCCCUCGAUGCGAUGGCCCUAGACCACCAUCACCAUCACAACCACCAUAAUGACCACCAAAACCACAGCCAUCACGACCACGACCACGACCAUGACCACGACCACCUCUCCGUCUUUGACAUCUCCAUGGCCAUGCACACGCAAACACAGAUGCACUUCCCCCUCCACCAAGCCGACUCCCCCGCCUCAUCAAGCUUCGGCCGUCCCCAACUCCGCUACCAAUCCCCGCAAGACUUCUCACACAUCGAACAUGAAUCCUUCAUGCUCCCCCGCCACCUCCAACUACAACUCCACGAACACGACCACGACCUCUUCGGCGACCAGCAUGCCAAUCAACGCUUCUGGCAACGCAGCGUCAUGCCGUGGGUCGAUGGCCAGCGCUGUGACGGCGACGGCGACGGUGACGGCGACUCACAUUGCGGCGGUAGCCGCGCUGGUUCCCGCACUGGCGAUGGCGACGAUGAUCCUCUUGGUAUCAACGGAGUUGGCGUUGGAGUUGGUGUCGGCAUUGGCGUUGGUAGUGGUGGGGGAGGCGCUAUGGGUGUUGCCGAUGGUGGAUUGCAAUCGCCGGAUGAGCAGCCGCAUCAUCGACCUUUUUUGGCCCGUUUAGGCCGUCUGGACAUGAUUAUGCGUCGUCGGAUAUGGAUAUAG